AAAUUUAAGUAGAAAGAACACUUGCUUACGUAAUUUGAAUAUAAUUAAGCUGAGCUUGGUACAUCUGCAAUGGAAGUUUUAGCACAAGUUCUUUUUCUAAUGUUCUUUAUGAACUGUUGGAAUUUCAACAAAGCUUAUACUCCAUCGGGUUACCUCGGAUGCUACAUAGAUAAGAUUGACCGCAUUCUAUCUCACAGAAUGCCUAAUUCAGCACUCAACUCGGGCGACCAGUGCAAGAAACAAUGCAAGACCUCCGGGUACAGAUAUGCUGGAACAGAGUAUACGGUCGAAUGUUUCUGUGGAAACGUCAUAAAAGAAUACCCAAAAGGGUCAGAGUGUACAGCUAAAUGUCCUGGAAAUAAGGACGAGAUGUGCGGCGGAACGUGGCACAUUUCCUUAUACGAUACACAGGAAAACGACGAGUCUGAAGACUCGGAAUCCUUAGAAGUUUAUGUACCAUCGGGCUACCUCGGAUGCUAUAUAGACAAAGUCGAACGCAUUUUGUCUCACCGAAUGCCAAAUUUCGCAAACAACACUGGAGAUCAGUGCAAACAACGAUGCGAGGCUGCGGGAUACAGAUAUGCUGGAACAGAGUACACGGACCAAUGUUUCUGUGGGAAUAAUAUAACAGAUUAUCCAAAAGGGUCAGAGUGUACAGCUAAAUGUCCUGGAAAUAAGGACGAGAUGUGCGGCGGAACGUGGCACAUUUCCUUAUACGAUACACAGGAAAACGACGAGUCUGAAGACUCGGAAUCCUUAGAAGUUUAUGUACCAUCGGGCUACCUCGGAUGCUAUAUAGACAAAGUCGAACGUAUUUUGUCUCACCGAAUGCCAAAUUCAGCAAACAACAAUGGCGAUCAGUGCAAACAAAAAUGCGAGGCUGCCGGAUACAGAUAUGCUGGAACAGAGUAUACUGUGGAAUGUUUCUGUGGGAAUGACAUAAAAAAAUACCCAAAUGGUUCAGAGUGUAAUGCCAAAUGUCCUGGAAAUAAGGACGAGAUAUGUGGAGGGACGUGGCACAUUUCAUUAUACGAUACACAGGAAAACGAGUCUGAAGACUCAGAUUCACAAGAGAGUGAUUUGAAUUACUGUGAAAAAUACGAUGCCUGUCCUCCCAAAUGGAAAUGCAGAAAUAGGAAACGUGGCUUUUUAUGUAGGGCACCAUCAUCAGAAGUCAAAAUCAGCAAGUAAAAAUACUGGAAGCUAAAUACAAAAUCGCAAACUUCGGAUGUUCAAAUGAUAAAUAUGUAAUACAUUACGUAUGAGUAUAAUUAGUAACAAAACAUUCUUAAUACUAAAAACUGUUUAAAUUUUACUAUUAUUGUUAUUAGCUUACUGCAUUUCAUUUGUUCAAUGUCUUCAGUCUUUGUAUUACAGCGCGCUGAAUAUAAGACAGAUAACAUGUGUACCUUAAUAUAAAAUAAUUUAUUCACUAUUCCAUUCCUGUUUUGAGUAUGUUUAACAAUUUUGAUGUGAUUUAUCAUAUAAUAAUACAUAGUCAUAUUAACAUUUUCCAUGAUUAUCAUAAUACACACCAUUAUCAUCAUCAUCAUUAUAAGUAAAUAAUCAUCGUCAUUGUUAUCAUAAUAAUCAUCAUAUUAAUAAUCAUCGUCAUAAACUUCAGGAUCACAUCAUCCCCAUCAUCAACAUUAUCAUCGACAUCAGAUAACAGCAUAAUCAUUAUUUUUGUAUGCUUUUAGUUUUGUUUUAUUCCUUACAAUUAUGUUGUUGUAGUCGUUCAUAUUAAUUCGAGUAAUGUUAGUGUUUUUACCUCGACCCUAAACCUCUCACAUCCUAAGCCAGCGUGGUACCCCUGGACCACGGGGAAGAUUACGAAGACGAUCAUAAAUAAAACCAAAUAAUUCUAAAUUUAGAAUUUCCUUUUAAAGGCUUGUAAUCCUUUUUAAUUCGGAGGUAUUUUGUUCACGAUUAAGCUGUUGUUGAACAUUGAUGAAAAAAAAAUUAAGCGAAAAUCUUCCCGCCCAAACAGUCCGACAUGUAUAUAUUUCAAUGCUCGACAGUCAGAUUUAUUUGUGUAAUACGCGCUGAAGUUUUCGGUAAUCGACAUCGCUAACAAUAGCAUUGUGUAAACCUCGAUUAAAUUAUCGGGUGUCACUUAUAAGACCGUUACUUAUGGAAGAAAUUGAUUAUCGAUCGUCGACUGCCCUAAAUUCGUCCCUGUCCUCGAGGCAACACCCUUGCUUUAUUUUUCAGAAAGUCUAAAUAACAAAUGUUCAUUUUGCGUUUAAUUCUGAACCUUUACGGAAAUAGCCAAGCAAUUUUCAUUGAUUAAAAUGAUAUUCAUCCGCGUAAUUUGUGAUUAUGCAUUUAUUAAUAAGCCAGAGUUACUUUUAAAAUUUGAAUUCGUUGUAAUUUGUUGGAUACGUAUAACAAAAUAAAAAUAUAUCUUUCUUUUAUAUCGCUAGUUUUAAGCUGUUUUGAGAACUACUUGUGGUUAGGUUUGUCGGGAAGCGCUGUUCGGAACUUCCUGAGAUUUAAUGUCAACAUUGUAUUUUCUGAUCUGCGAUCAGAAAAACUACGGACAACAGUUAUUCGCCUCACUUUUACCUGAUUAAUCAGAAUCGCAUGAGCUGGCCCUUUUUAUAUCGCUGCGAUAUUGGUUAUCUGGGAAAGUGAAAGACUGGCAUCUUUUUGUCAAUGAUAAGUUUGACUUUAUUAAUAUUGUAAUAAAAAAAUAUUGAGCGUUUUUUACUAGACUUAUAGGCAUCUUUUUAUUUGACUCUUGUCGAUUUCUAAAUUGUUGAAUCCAGCACGAAACAGUUGCAUGAGAUACUUCAUUGUUGCAAAAGAUAAUGCAUAUCAUAAUAAACAACCUUGUUUU